AUGGACUGUUUGGGUCUUUUUAUCCUUCUAAUGCUUCAGUGUUUCCAGUGGACAACUGCCCCCGCUGCUGAGGAAGUUACCUGGACCUACACUGGCUUGGUGGGUCAGUCCGAGUGGUCGCAGUAUUUCCCCGACUGUGGUGGUACUUCUCAGUCCCCCAUUGAUGUGGUUACCACCCAGACUAAAUAUGACCCCAGUUUGAUCCCCCUGACCCCACUGGGCUACAACCAGCACGGCAACAGGCCCUUCACUAUGUACAACAAUGGACACACAGCGGUCAUUGAGCUACCUGACUGGAUGGGACUAGGGGGGCUGCCCUGGCUCUAUACAGCUGUGCAAAUGCACCUCCACUGGGGAAGCGGCGGCCCGAGUCAUGGGGGCAGUGAACACACCAUCAACGGACUGAGUGCAGAUGCAGAGCUACAUGUGGUGCACUACAACUCUGAGCUCUACCCCAACAUGUCCACAGCAAUGACGCAGAGUGACGGCCUGGCUGUUUUAGGGAUUCUUAUUGUGACAGGUGAAGAGACCAACCCAGCAUUUAACAACAUCCUUCACUACCUGAGCCGCAUCAGACAUGCUGAUCAGAAGGUGUACAUUCCAUCGUUUGACAUCCAGUCCCUGCUCCCGAAGGAUCUGGGACGGUACUACCGCUACAACGGCUCCCUGACGACGCCGCCCUGCUACCAGAGUGUGACCUGGACACUGUUCAACGAGAGGGUUCAAAUAUCAAAGGCACAGUUGCUGAAGAUGGAGACAAUACUUUACUCCAGUAAAGCUAAAGAUCCAGACAGGAUGCUGCUGCAGGACAACUACCGUGCGACGCAACCGAUCAACCACAGGGUCGCCUUCGCCUCCUUUACUGCAGAAUCCGGGAAGGAGCUCUCUUCUGGUGAAGUCACAGCUAUAGUAAUUGGAGUGAUGUGUGGCUGUGUAGGUCUGGCAGUGAUCAUUCGCUUCAUCGUGAAGACGAUACGAUUUUUUACACUCCUCCAUCGUGAAUCAGUCGUGGUAAACAGCUCUACCUCUAGCUGGGACGUCCUACCCAGUAACCGGCCUGCUCCCAAGUCAAGGAUGAAGGAGCCAGAGAAAGCGAAAGAGAUCAAACAAGACAUGGCUCUGAAUCCGACGUCUGAAGCACAAAAGAAAGAAGAGCCGUCACCGUCUCCUCAGACUGAGCCCUAGCUGACGGCACAGCCCACUUCAGGGCUUCAGUCAGGAAACACGCAACACACUCAGUUUACACAUGAAGCAGUUGGUGUAACCAUGUCUGUGUGCUGAGUCGUAUGUUUGCUCUUGCAAUGUCUGGGAUGCAUGAUUGGUUCAUGUAAAUACUUUGUAAGAUAUAUUUUACUGGGUUUUUUUGUUACACGUUUGGAUGUCAUUUCAUCUUCCUGCCUUGACACAGAAGCACACUGCACUGUAUGACAUGUAAUAGACUUGUGAAAUAUUUACCUGUGAGUUCAAUGGAAUAUUAUGAUUUUCUUUUGCCCCUGGACUUGAGCAUUGACACACAGGAGGUCUUAUCAAAUGAAAAUCUAUUAUGAAGGUUUUAAGGGAUUCAAAGUGCAAAAAGUAUAAACUGUUGCUGUUAAAACACCACGACUCUGAACUCAAUUUAGAGGAUUAUAUUGUAAAUGGAUGAGUUAUAUUUAUGUACAUGUGUUCAUUCUAUUGCAAAAACUGUUUUUGGUGCCAUAUAUUAUCUUUGUCUGACUGAUUUUUGUUGUUGUAUAUAACUUGUCAACAUGGGAAUCUCAUUAAAACACCGAAAUAGGCAACU